AUGCUUAAACCGAUACCGAAUUAUUGUGCAAUGCAAGCCGAGAAGGAGGUAUUGUUGAACACUGAAGGUCCUGUCGAUGAGGGCCGUAUAAUAAACCAGAACAGCAACCCGAAUAUCGCGUCUUCUGCUUCUAUUAGUGUUGUUCAGUUUCCUGCUAAGAAGCCGACUAGACAAUGGGCUGCUUGGACGCAUCAAGAAGAAGAAAGUUUCUUCACUGCACUUCGUCAAGUUGGAAAGAAUUUUGAGAAGAUCACUUCUCGUGUCCAAAGCAAAAACAAGGACCAGGUUAGACAUUACUAUUAUCGGCUGGUGAGGCGUAUGAACAAACUUUUGGGUCCGGAACUGAGUCUUGAUGCCAAGAACCCAAAGGACACAAAUGCUGCAAUGCUACGAUGGUGGUCUUUACUGGAAAAGUAUAGCUGCAAAGCUUCAAAACUUCACCUCAAACCCCGGAGAUUCAAGCUGUUCAUAGAGGCCUUGGAACACCAAUUGCUGAAAGACCGCAGAAAAAGCAUAAGAAAACGGGCUUGCCAGGGAGAAAAUUUCUCUUCUGCUUCCCUUGGAAACAUUUCAAGUCAUAGUAGGGAUAGAGGAUUGGAUAACCGUCCAUUUAAACUGCUUCUUUGCGAUGGCCAAAAUGUUAAAAAGUUCGGGCCUGGAAGAGCAUCUACCAAAAAUUGUGAAAGCUUAGGUCCUAGCCUUGGUGACGAAAAAGAAGAUACAGCCUUUGGGAGAGGUGUAAGGCAACGGCGAAAACAAGGUUAUAGAAAAUGGGAAAAGGCUGCAAUAGAUGGGGUCUCUUUGGUUGCUGAUGCUGCAGAGCAUUUAGAACAAACAUCAAUCGACAAAGAUAUGGAUGGUCAAAAAGAUCUAGGUGCCACAGGAUAUGUAACUGGAAAGUCUCCAUUUUCUCUAUGCUCCGCUGGUGAUGUUCCUCUCGUUGAUGCCAAUAUGCAAUUUUCUGCCAAGUUGAAACUUCAGUUGUUCCCAAUUGAUGAAUGUACUCGAAGAUCCUUGGAAAUGGAUAAGCACAAUCCGCAUCUGGAACUUACCCUUAGUAAUCGCAAGAAGAUAUCAUCUGUACUGGAACAUCUCUCUCGCAAAUGGGGAAGCUCAAGUUGUGCGACUGGAGAGCUAAUGCUGUUCCCUUACCAUGCCCGAAAGGAAACUAUAACGUGUCAUCAGAGGUGGACCCAUGACUCUUUUCUAAGCGCAGCUGAAGUGCAUUCUAUGGUUGGAAGUCCCUCGGUUUUCCGCUUAAGGUAUGGUUGGUUCGUCCAUGAUGCAUCAGGUUCUUUUAUUUUUCAAGUUCCAACUUCAGCUUCUUGUCCUUCACUGGAGGAUGACAUGAAUGUGGAUGAGGCGAAUGAGCUGAAUGUGGAUGAGGCGAAUGAGCUGAAUGUGGAUGAGGCGAAUGAGCUGAGCGAGGUCAACUUGCUCCUUACUGAAUCAGGACCUUUACCUGUGCAUUCAACCGCUGAACAAGCGACAUCUGUAGUAUGUGCCUCGAGUAAAAUCCAUGAUCGUCCUGCAGAAUCUAAAGAUAAUUAUGAACCUGCUGCAGCCACUAUUACUCCGAUUGAGCAUUUGAACAGCGGUAAUGCUCUAUCAGCGGGAGCAUGGGCAGACAGUCUGACUAACAUAAGUAUAGGUGAUUUACUUUCUGAAGUGCCCGAUGACAUAGAUAGCGAAUGUGUGGAUCCACCCGCUACUGAAGGUUCACGUUACCUCCAUCGAGAUGUUUCAUUUGCCUCUGACUCUUUUGAUGCUGCAAUUGCUGCCCAUAUACUAACACACCAGAACAAGCCAAGUGCUCUACAACCGCUGACUUCUGGCUCUUCCUCUAUAUGGGAUGAUGAAGAUACACGCGAUGCCUUCUCUUUCCAAAAGAAACGUCUUGCAGAUUCCGCCAAGUUGGCUAAUGGUGCUUCUCCUGGAGGUGUUGGAAGAGUAAAUGGAGAGCCUUCGCAAUUGGUGGAGGCUAAAUCUGGCGAUGAGGAGCCUUGUAACUCUCCUGACCAGCAGGGAGAUCCAAUGGAAGAGGGUCCAACAGACCGUCACUUGGUAGAUUCUCCAGGGAAGUUCCAUUGUGGGCUUGCGGAUGUAUAUUGGCCUGACUCGUUAGGACCACUAGAUCUAGACAUUAGAUCUUCAAAGUAUACCGAAGAUUUGAUCCUCAGUGAGAGCCUCGGGGGAUUGAGCCGUCUGUUAGCGACCAGCCUUGAUGCGUUUCAAAACUGCUCGCUCUUUGGGUUCGACAACAAGAAGGAUAAGUCUAACAUGAUCCUCUGUUUUACACAAAACUCCACAAUUAGCAUCACUUUCAGCAAGAGACACUUGAACCUCUCAGUUCUCACACUCUUCUUGUUCAAUGGGUUCUUGUUGGAUAAAGCCAAAUCCAUCACAGAAUUGGAUAAUCUUCAAAGAUACACUGAUUCCAAGGAUGGCUUCACUCUUCUCGUACCCUCUUCUUGGUUUAAGGUAGAGAAAGCAGGAGCCAAUGCUUUGUUUGAAGAAGCAGAGAAACGAAGCAACAACAUUGGAGUUGUUGUGAGUCCUGUCCGUAUAAACAGUCUUGAAGAUUUUGGUACUCCUCAAUUUGUAGCUGAUAAGCUCAUCAACGCAGAAAAACGUAAGGAAAGCACAAUUGAAGCACAAGUUGUAUCAGUGGGAGAGAGAUCAUCAGGACAAGGAAAAGUGUAUGAAUUCGAAUACAAAAUUGAUAGUACAAGAGGAGGAAUCAAGAGGGUUUUCUCAGCUGCGUUUGUGAGUUCUAAGAAGCUUUAUCUAUUGAACGUUGUUCAUUCAGACAAACCAGAGGAUCCGUUGGAUUCAAGUACUAGGUUAAUGUUGGAACAAGUUCUUCAUUCAUUUGAUGCUUUGCCUCUCACCACCACAUGA